UGCACCCUGGAGGAGAACAGAGAAGCACGUAACGCAGAGAAACCAUGCAAGUGUGAGGACUGUGGGAAGGGAUUCAGUUACCCGUACCAACUGGAAACUCACCGGCGGACCCACACGGGGGAGAGGCCGUUCACCUGCUCCGUGUGCGGGAAGGGAUUUGCCCAGUCGUCCCACCUGCUAACGCACCGGCGGGUUCACACGGGGGAGAGGCCGUUCACCUGCUCCGUGUGCGGGAAGGGCUUCACCCACUCGUCCCCUCUCCGGACGCACCAGCUGAUUCACACCGGGGAGAAGCCGUUCAAAUGCUCGGACUGCGCGGACGGCUUCAAGAGCUCGGCCGAGCUGGUGAGGCACCGGCGGGUCCACACCGGGGAGAGGCCGUUCACCUGCUCGCUGUGCAGGAAGGGCUUCAGCCAGUCGUCCGACCUGCUGACGCACCGCCGGGUCCACACCGGCGAGAGGCCGUUCACCUGCUCCGUCUGCGAGAAAGGCUUCACCCUGGUCGGCAAUCUGCUGAGGCACCAGCGGGUCCACACCGGCGAGAGGCCGUACAUCUGCAGCGUCUGCAGGAAGGGGUUCACCCAACACUCCAGCCUGCUGACCCACCAGCGGCUUCACACGGGGGAGCGGCCCUUCACCUGCGCUGUGUGCGGGGAGGGAUUCACUCAGUCGUCCAACCUCCUGACACACCAGAGAGUUCACAUGUGACUGCGGGAGAUGGCCGUUGUAUUUAAGACAGAACCACGUUCAUUCUGUUACGUGGACUUCACUUCCAAUGUUAAUUCACCAAUCUAAACUGGAAUAGGGUUUAAUGCUGAAUGUACAUGGUCAAUAAAUGAGCAGGGUUUUAAACACGUCGUCACGCUGCGUGACGUGAAAGCAAAGGAGAACAGUGAUCUGAUGCAGCAUAAAGAAAACAAUUAAAAAACACAGUAAAUUUAAAUUCAAAAGCAAAAUCCCACAAAACACAAUGUAUAGCUGGUUGUCCAUUUCUCCAGUGAUGUGGAUGGAGUGGAGCUGAGGCAUUCACAGUAGAACAAAGAAAUACAAAAGAAUCAAUGAAGAAAUAAACACACAGAAGACUGACAACCAGUUUGCAUAGGAAGCUUUUUUUUAAAAAAGUAAAUAAAUCAUAUUGAGAACGUGACUUGUAGAAAGUGGCUCCAUAGGUUGUGGAAUCAGUUCAGAGUUGAGGUGAAUUUGUCA